UGCAGACGCGCGGUCGCCUCUCUACCAUCAGCUCGCUGAGAGCAGGCAGAAAGGCAAAGCUGGGGACUCAAUCCCCGACAUAAUUCGUAUAAUUUAUAGGGCAGUAUGGAGCCAGUGGACGCACAGUGAUUCUGUACGCCGCCACACGUAUGGCCCUGCCUCAAUACACACACACACUAGGAAUCCGGAAGCAGUUGAGCAUAAUUCAGAGAGGUUUUUGCGCAGAAGCUUUUGCGCAGAAGAUGUGAAAGGCAUACGCACGGUGUCCUCUGAACUCUGCUCUAUUUGCUCUCUGGGAUACUCCCUCUCCGAUCUCAGAUCCGUGAGGCAGCGGAAUUGUACGAGUUCAGAAGGGGGGGUAGGGGGCUGGGAAGAGAUGGGAAGAUCGAGAGGU